AUGACAGUAUUAAGACCAGGUGAUCAUUAUGAUGUUCCAACUAAAGGUAAAUCCUUAGCCAAUUUAGUAUUUGAAAAUGAAGGUGAUGAAUUAGGCAAGCUUGAAUUAAAAGUAAAUGGUAAUAUUCAAGAAAACAUUGAAAUCCAACCACAUUCUACCCAAAACAAAUCAAUGAUUGAUAUUGGUAAAGGUCAUCUUACAAUUUUUAACAUUGGCAAAACCCACAUCAAAUUACUUUAA